CCCACCACCUUCAGUCCCUUCUGCAUCCUUCGCCCCCCGACCAGCAAUGGAGAUAACGGAUAGUUCUCUCUGCUCCUUCUCGUCUGCCGAUGACUUCUACGAUGGCCCCUGUUUCUCCACUUCUGACAUCCACUUCUUCGAGGAUUUAGACCCCAGGCUGGUCCACGUGGGGCUCCUCAAAGGCGACCCCUUGUCGGCGGAGGACGAGCACAUCCGAGCCCCCAGCGGGCAUCACCAAGCCGGCCGCUGCCUGCUCUGGGCGUGCAAGGCUUGCAAGCGGAAAACCACCAAUGCUGACCGCAGGAAAGCGGCCACCAUGCGGGAGAGGAGGCGCCUGAGCAAGGUCAACGAAGCCUUCGAGACGCUCAAGAGGUGCACGUCCACCAAUCCCAACCAGCGGCUGCCCAAGGUGGAGAUCCUGAGGAACGCCAUCCGCUACAUCGAGAGUCUCCAGGCGCUUCUCAGAGAUCAGGAUGACACCUAUUUCUCGGUCAUGGAUCAAUACAGUGUGGAUUCUGCCGCCUCCAGCCCCCAGUCCAACUGCUCUGAUGGAAUGUUGGAUUGCAGCGGGCCCAUGUGCACCAGGAGACGCAAUAAUUACGACAGCAACUACUUCUCUGAAACACCAAAUGAUUCAAGAACUGGAAAAAGUGCCGUUAUUUCCAGCCUGGACUGUCUCUCCAGCAUCGUCGAGCGGAUUUCCACAGACCGGCCAAGCUGUCCCGUCGUGAUGGUUCCAGAUGGGAUGGAGGGCAACCCCACUUCCCCCCGGGAAGGAGUGACCCUGAGUGACCCCACGGCCAUCAUCUUAUCACCAGCGAACUGUACCCGCACCGAGGUCCCGACCGACAACCCCAUCUACCAGGUGUUAUAACCACACUGAGGGCAAACAAAUGCCAGUCAAGUCGAGAUUUAUCACUGCAAAGGGACGAACCAACAAAAGGGAAGUCGCACUAACAGAGAGAUCUUCUACAGCAAAGUAAUGCAAGGACAGACCAAUGACACAAACCACCCUGGUAACUUCAAUUGAAUGCCUGCGAUCAUGAUAAUGAUAAUAAUAAUCCUUGCAUUUGAUAUAGUGCCUCUGUUUACCCA